AGCAAGGUAGCGUGUAAUUGUAUACUACGAAAAUUGUAAAUGGCAUCGACCGCUCCGCACUGGAAUGGCCAGUUCGUGUUUCAGCAAUGUCGACGAGUAUGGAUUCGAGAGGCCGCAGAACUUCGAUUACCAAACUUACGAGGAAUUCAUGUCCGAAUAUCUGAAAGUCUUGGCUAAAAGGGCUAAAAGAUGGGCAGACAUCAUAGGCGAAGGAAAAUCUCUUCAACGAAGCGUCACAGUUAAGCGAUAUGUUCGAAAGGGCAUUCCAGGGGUUCAUCGGGGCAUGGUAUGGUUGACUGUCAGCGGUGCUGAAGAAUUGAAAAAUGCAUCUCCAGAUUUAUAUCAGAGAUUAUUGGAUGGACAUCACAGCCGUGAUGUCGCCGAGAUUAUAAAGACUGAUCUGCCUCGUACAUUUCCUGACAACAUAUUUUACAACAAUAUCGAAAACCAACAGCAUCAGCUCUACAACGUUUUGCUAGCUUUCGCGCAUCAGAACAAAAGAGUUGGAUAUUGUCAAGGUUUGAAUUACAUAGCAGGAUUACUUUUGUUAGUAACAAAAAGUGAAGAAACAGCAUUUUGGUUACUGAAAAUAUUAAUAGAAAAAAUAUUACCAGAGUAUUACACCCCUACAAUGGAUGGUCUCCUAACAGACAUUGAUGUUCUGUCAGAGCUAGUAAGGAUAAAAAUGCCGGAUGUACAUCAACACGUGACUAACUUGGGGUUACCUUGGGCAGUAAUAACAACUAAGUGGUUUAUCUGUUUGUUCGCAGAGGUUCUGCCUAUUGAGACAACCUUGAGAAUAUGGGAUUGUCUGUUUUAUGAAGGUAGUAAAAUAAUAUUUCGAGUAGCACUGACACUGAUUAAAAGAAAUCGAGAAAAUUUGCUGUCUUGUCAGGAUUUUACAGCAUUAGCCGAGUGUUUUAAAGAAAUAACAAAAGAUAGCAUCGUUAUUCGAUGCCAUGAUUUUAUGCAGAGUAUUUUCAAAGUACCUGGAUCGCUGUCUGCCAAUACUAUAGAAAAAUUACGAACAAAGGUGGCCCAACAGCGAGCAGAAGAAAAGCAAACUAAAACUGUGCGAGCAGGAUGAGUUACGAGAUUUGGCACUUAUCCGGAUAGUAAACGUUUAUUUUUUCUCAA